CUCUCUCUUCUCUCUUCUCUCUCCUCGCUUCGCUCGCUCAGUCUCGUUUUCUCUCUCUUCUGCGUUUCAGCCCAAAAAAGGCGUGAGCGCAAAAUCCAAGAGAAACCCAGAAUACCCAUCAAGGGCACUUGCUCGAAAAGGGGGAAAAGGCCCCAUCUUUCCCAAUCUCGGAACCCGCACUGCAAUGUCAUUCCUCACGCAACAGCAGCGCAGCAGCAGCAGCAGCAGCAGGGGGCGAGGAGGCGAUAAGGCGGAGGAGGCGGUGAAAAUGGAGCCCGGCGACGUCGGCCGACAGCCCCAGGUGAGCGAGCCCGGGCCCCCCGGCGGCGGCGGCGGCGGUGUCGUAGGCGGAGGCGAGGCGGCUGCUGCGGCUGCCCGCCCGUCCCACCUCGAGAUCGAUCUCAACGAGAUCCCGUCACCGUCCCCCGAUUCCGACCCCUUCGACGUGGUGCGCAGCUUCCAGGACGCCCCCGAGCCCCCCGCGGAGCCCGCGGCCGAGCCCGGUGGCCCGCGGGGGCCCGCCGCGGCCUGCGUCGCCUGCGGGGAGCCCGAGGGGGGCGGCGGGCACGUGGUGGUGUGCGACGGCUGCGAGCGGGGGUUCCACGUGGCGUGCGCGGGGUUGGCGCGGCAGGGGAUGGACGCGGAGGAGUGGGUGUGCAGGGAGUGUGUGGACAGGGGGGUGAAGAGCCGGCGGUGGCCUCUAGGGUUCAAGUCGAACAGGAGGCGGUUCCUGGAUAUGAAUGCUUCACCCCCCAGCGACGGUGAUUGUGAUGGAGAAGGAAGCGAGGACGUGAUCGCGCUGAGAAAGCGCACCUCGGAUGAUAAUUCCUCCGGUGGGAAUCCGUUUGGUUCUCCAGUUAGAUGUUCAAGUUAUUUACACACUGGAAAUGGAUGUCACUUUGAAAAUGCUGCCGGUGUUGUGACUGAGACUUUGGGAGCUGGUGUUAGAGAUAUUCAGCAUCAUCCACUGAUGCAGUGUGGAAACUUUGAAGUCGAUUUGGGUUUUCCAGUCAUACAUUUAAAGAGCAAUAAUAAUCCAGUGAUAAGACUAUCAUCUGGGAAUCCUAAGGAGUUCCUUUUGCAGACUCUUAGGGAUUAUAUUUCUCAAUGGCAUGGUGUACUUGAUGAAGGUUGGUAUGUGGAGUUCAAAGAAUCCUAUAAUGGCUGUGGAACAUAUGUCUGGUACUGUGCUCCAGGUGGGCUAAAAUUUGAUACAAUGUCUGGAGUUGCUUCUUAUCUUGGUUUGACGUCAAACCACAAGCUUGUAGAGCCCAAAUUAAGUAGCGAGGGAUCUACUGUGCUGGAGAGACUUCAUCUACCUCGGAAAAGGAAGUCCUCUAGGCCUGUAAUUAAUGGUUUUGCCGAAAGUAGGGGAUACCUUACACAUGCUCAUCCUAACGAAUGUAAAUCUGACAGUCAAACUAUGGAACUGGUAUCUAGUAAUGGGAAUACUCUUAAAGCCACAGAAGCUGGAUCUGAGGAAAAUUAUGGAUCUGAAUAUCAGCAAUACAAAGAUGGGCUACCUGUGCAAUUUGAAGAUUUCUUUGUUCUCCAUUUGGGGUUAGUUGACUUGAGACCUUCAUAUCAUGAGCUGGACAGAAUCUUGCCUGUAGGUUACAGGUCCUGUUGGCAUGAUAAGAUUACUGGUUCGAUUAUGUUUUGUGAGGUGUUGGAUGGUGGCGACUCUGGACCUCUAUUCAAGAUCAGAAGAUGUUCUUGCUCUGCAGUACCUAUUCCAAAUGGAUCAACUAUCCUCUUUAGGCGAGUCCUUCCACGAUAUGCUGGGCCAGGUACCAAAGCAACUGAUGAUGUUAUAUACUCUAGUAUGGACUGUGAUGACGAUGGUAUCAUUCAGGCAAUCCUCACCAACCCUGUGCCUCCUGUAGAAAAUGAACUUUCGGCUUGCCUUUGUAGUGGCAGAAAUGAAGUUUCUGGUGUGACAGAAAGCUCUAUGCAGACUGAUCCAAGUACUGCUCUUGUCCAUUAUGCAACUGUCAAUUACGAGGACUGUCUUGGAGAUGAAAUUGGUGAAAUUGUGGUUGAAGAGCGUUCAUCAUCCUUAGCUUGGAAAAAAUUGUCUCAAAAAUUUGUUGAUGCCUUCUCUGACAUCCGUAGCAGGAAAAGCUCUUACAAGCUGUCUUGCAAACAUGUAAAAAACGAGCCAAUCUCAUCUUACUGGGAUAUGAUGGGUGAAAAGUGUGUUUCUGCUCCAAUUGCUUUGCAGAAAUUUUCCAGUUCACCAGUUUUUGCAGGCUUCCCAUUGUACAACAGUGAUUCUGAUAUUUCAAAUGAUGCCUUGCUAAAAUGGUUGGGCCGGGAUAGAUUUGGAUUGGAUGCAGAAUUUGUGCAAGAAACUUUAGAAAAGCUUCCAGGCAUUGAAGGGUGUUCUAGGUAUGUAAUUUUGAGUGAUAGAAAGAACUAUUCAAGGUCGCUAACUAUUGGAAAUGGAAACUUUAUUGUUAAAAGAAAAGAAGGAGUAGAGAUCAAAGAAGGAGCAUUAGAUGGUCUCUUUGGCAAAUUGAGAAAAAGUACGGUGGAUGUAGAUGAUCGGUGUAGCCCUCCUUCUGGGACAGAGCCCUGCUCCAGGCUAUCACCUGCAAUCGCUGGAGAUUGUUACCAGGUAUGGGAAGUAUUGUGGCGUUUCCAUGAUAUUCUGGAUUUAAAAGAGCCUCUCACUCUGAAGAAGCUCGAAGAUGAACUUAUGAACCCAUGGGUAUAUGCUAGCAAGCUUGCAGUGAAUUUUGGUCAGGGAUUGCAAGGAUGCCAAGUCUUGGAUUUACAUUCAAGUGAUCAAGUGGCUGAUGAAACACCCUCAGGAAUUGCACCUGGUUCACAAACAGGGGCAAAGAAGGAAUCAACUUAUGCUAAAAGCCCAUGUAUUGCAUUCAGUACCUGUUGUGGUGUAGCUUUGACAAAGGUGCAUAGCUUGCUGCUUGGAAUUCUAAUCGGUGAGCUGCAGUUGAAGGUUGCUGCACUUGUGGAUCCAAAUUUUGAGACUGGUGAAUUAAAAUCCAAAAGGGGAAGGAAAAAAGAUAUGGAAAGCUCUCUUCCUGCAAAAAGAGCUAAACUCAGUAUGCUACCUAUCAAUGAACUGACUUGGCCUGAACUAGCACGGAGGUAUAUUUUGGCUAUCAUAACCAUGGAUGGUAAUUCUGACUCUGCUGAUGUUACUAGUCGUGAAAGCGGGAAAGUUUUUCGCUGCUUGCAAGGGGAUGGUGGUGUGCUUUGCGGCUCAUUGACCGGUGUUGCUGGGAUGGAAGCGGAUGCUCUUUUGCUUGCAGAGGCUUCAAAGCAAAUUCUUGGUUCUAUGAGCAAAGAAAAUGAGUUUGUCACCCUGGAAGUGGAAGAAUCAGCUGGACCUGAUGCUGUUGAAAAGAAUUUCACUGGUGAUGAUAAUCUUCCAGACUGGGCCCUGGCCUUGGUGCCUGUGAAAAAGUUACCAACAAAUGUUGGCACCAGAAUUAGGAAGUGUGUGCACGAUGCUUUGGCUAAAGAUCCGCCAGACUGGGCAAAGAAAAUAUUGGAACAUUCAAUUAGCAAGGAAGUUUAUAAGGGCAAUGCAUCAGGACCAACGAAGAAAGCUGUUCUUUCUGUGCUAGCAGACGUAUCUGGUGAAGCAUCACAACCAAAACCUGAAAAGAAAAGUAAGAGGAGGACUGUUGUUUCUGUUUCUGAUGUAAUCAUGAAGAAAUGUCGUGUUGUCUUACGUCAAGCCGCCGCUGCCGAUGAUGCGAGAGUUUUCUGUAAUUUGCUGGGAAGAAAGAUAAUGAAUAAUAGCGACAAAGAUGAGGAGGGACUUCUUGGAUCUCCAGCUAUGGUGUCUCGACCACUGGAUUUUAGGACCAUUGAUUUGAGAUUGGCAGUUGGUGCUUAUGGUGGUUCACAGGAAGCAUUUCUCGAGGAUGUUCGAGAGUUGUGGAAUAAUGUGAGGACUGCCUUUGGGGAUCAGACUGAUGUGGUUGAGCUAGCUGACAAAUUAUCACAAAAUUUUGAGUCAUUAUAUGAAGAGGAGGUUGUCACUCUUGUUGAUAAACUUCGGGUGUAUGCAAAAUCGGAAUCCUUAAGUGCAGAUAUAAAGAAGGAAGUGGAUGAUGUUCUUGCCUCUCUAAGUGAGCUUCCUAAGGCCCCAUGGGAGGAAGGAGUCUGCAAAGUUUGCGGUAUUGAUAAAGAUGAUGACAGUGUUUUGCUAUGUGACACAUGUGAUGCUGAGUACCACACCUAUUGCUUGAAUCCUCCACUUGCAAGAAUUCCCGAAGGAAACUGGUAUUGCCCUUCUUGUGUUGUUGGUAGACGCUUAGUUCAAGAUGUGUCCGCGCAGAAUUAUGUCAUCCGUAAGCGCCGAGGUAAAAGAUUUCAAGAAGUUACCCGUGACUACUUGGAGGCACUCUCUCAUUUAGUAUGUAGAAUGGAAGAAAAGGAGUACUGGGAUUAUACUGUUGAUGAGAGGACCUUCCUGCUUAAAUUCUUAUGUGAUGAGUUGCUUAACUCAUCUCUUGUUCGACAACACCUCGAGCAGUGUGCAGAAAUAUCUGCUGAGCUGCAGCAGAAGCUGCGAAUGCUUAUUGCGGAGUGGAAGAACCUGAAGUUAAAGGAAGACUACCUGGUGGCAAGAGCUGCAAAGGCUGAUGGUGCCACUAACACAUGUGGAGAUGUUAUGGGGAAGCAUGGUUUAGACCCUGCACAAUCGAACAACACUAGACGUAUUGUCCAUCAGCUAAGCGACAGAUCCAAGAAUCCUAAUAUCCUCCCUGAGCUGCAAUUUGUAGAGGCUGGUCGUGAAAAAUGUGGGCUUAAUGGUUUUGACCACUCAUCUAUCACUGUGGCAGAGAAGAAUGGUCUCUGCAAGGAUAAGGCAAGUAAUCCUACUAGCGAUGAUUGUGAACUGGAAGACAAUGGUGUUGCCAAUGGCGACAGAAAACUUCUUGGCAACACUCUAUCCUUGAGGGCUUCUCCAACCGAUGAUAGUACCGUGAAAUCACAUGACUCGCCUGCAUUGGAUACUUUUCCAGAAGAAGUCAAUGACCCUGAAAGAAAAAUCUUUGAGCAAGAGUGCUGCCUGUGUUCUGAUUCAAGAAGCUUCCCUUGUACUCAGCACCUUGAUGAUCUGAAUGAGUCAACCCACCAGGUCGAACUUACUUCUGUGAAAAAUGAGCUUUCGGCUCUGCAGGAUUCUAUUAGCAACUUAGAGUCACAGCUUCUCAAGCUAUCUUUGCGCAGGGAGUUUCUGGGUAGUGAUUCUGCUGGGCGAUUGUACUGGGCUGCAGCAAUGCCUGGCAGUCGGCCGCGGAUUGUUGUUGAUGGUACUCUAGCAUCUGCGAAAAGAAGGAAAAUUUUAAAUUCUAUGUUCCCAGAGAGGAACGGUUCUCAGGUUUCUGCUCCCACUGCAGAAUCAUCUCUAGAGGGGUCAAAAGCUUGCUGUCCCUUCAUGCACAAAUCAAAUGGAGUGGCUGCUGCGAAUCAAUCAUGGGUUUUUUAUCAAACUGAUGAUGAAAUCGAACAGCUCAUUGGAUGGUUGAAGGGUAGUGACUCUGGAGAAAAGGCUCUAAAAAAUGCCAUUUUGCACUGGUGGAAGUUUAAAUUGCAGGAUUGUCAGUACCCUGUUGGCCAUAUUUCUGAUGCAAGUGAAACAACUUCCGAAGGGUGCUCAAAUGGGGAAAACUUGGUCACUUCUGUUUGCGUUGCUACAAAGGCUUCCUCUUUUUUGGAAAGAAAGUAUGGUCCUUGUAUGGAAUUGGAAAGUACAGGUACUUUGAAAAAGCGAGUAAAAAAGGAAAGAGUACCUGGUGAAGAAAAAAUGUACCGGUGUGAAUGUUUAGAGCUUAUUUGGUCAUCUCGAUGUCAUUGUCUCUUCUGCCACAAGACUUUUCUCACUGAUGAUGAACUGGAGGUGCACAAUGAUGGCAGGUGCAGUUCAGGAUUUUCAGGGCAUGAGAAGGGUAAAGAAAUUGCAGACUCAUCCAAAAAGAAAGGAAGUCUCAAGUCUGAUUCUGCUCGGAUAGAAAGAACAGGUGAAAAGAAUGUGUAUGAUAAAAGUCGACAACUCGAUUUAUGCUCAAAUUUGAUCACAUAUCAGAAUGAAAGUUUCGCGUGCCCAUAUGAUAUUGAUGAGAUAAGUUCUAAGUUUGUCACAAAAGAUUCGAACAAGGAUUUGGUACAGCAAAUUGGUCUUAUCGGAUCUAAUGGGACUCCAUUACUUGUGCCAUCUAGGCAUCCUUACCUUGAUGACUCCGAUCCAAUUCUAUUAUCUAGUGGUGAUGCCAGUGUCACAACUGAGGAGGGCAAGGAAGUAGGAGUGACUGCUCUUCGGGAAGAUAGAAGUAUAUGCAACACCAACACAUCCGAGUGUUAUAAUAUCAGACCUGGAGGUGAGAAUAUUGGCACACAAAGGGACGCUAAAUCAAGCUUGGCCUGUUCAGAAGGGAAGGAGAGAAAAUAUCCCCUACAUAAGCGCGCUAUGGCAACAGGGCUUGGUCAGCGCUGUGUGGUGCCACAGUCGUCCUUGAGACCCUUACCUGGCAGGGUCUCUCCAAUUUUGAGACAGUUGAAGAUUAAUUUACUUGACAUGGAUGCUGCUCUAGAAGGAGAAUAUUUGAAACCGUCAAAAGCACAUCUGGAAGGGAGGUGGGCCUGGCGUUCGUUUGUUAAAUCUGCACAGACCAUCUAUGAGAUGGUUCAGGCGACAAUUGUAUUGGAGGACAUGAUUCAGACAAAGUAUCUAAGAAAGGAGUGGUGGUAUUGGUCAUCCCUCUCUGCUGCUGCUAAAACCUCCACCUUGUCUUCCCUUGCCCUGCGUAUUUACUCCUUAGACUCUGCAAUUUUAUAUGAGAAUAUAUUGCCCGACUUGGACUCAACUGAAAUUGCGGUAGACAAGACAAUACCGCCCACUUCGGAUCCGACCGAGAAACCAAAGCCCAGCAGAAAGUCAAGCAGGAAAAGGAAGGAGCCCGAGGGUUGAUGGAGCACACAUUUAUGUGUAGAUUUUUUCAGACAAACCUGACCCCAGCAUUGAGCUUAUACAUUAAGUAAUUCAAGAGGUUACUUUGAGAAGGGAAGAGAAGCCCCGAGUAAGGCAGUUUAUUGCAUACAUUUUGGCUUCUUGAUGGGCAAUUCAUGCUGACCGCAAUUAUGUAGGCUAGGAAAAGUUGGCUGCCGCUUCUGAUUGGUAUAUGUGUAUAUAAGCGCCAGCUCUGAUUGGCAUUUGUGUAUAUAGGUAUAAGGCUGACAUCUUUGGCUGUCGGGACCGAGGUAAAAAGGAGCCCGGCGGUUUAUUAGCUUGGCGCACUAAUGCUAUCGAGAGAUCAGUGGGUUAACCAAGGGGUGUACACGUGUUUUUUGGACCGGAUUUUGCUGCAGCUUUUGUGCUUGCUCGGGAUGUUGGAAUCAAAUCGAGGAAUUUUUCUUGCGGGGCACACCUUCCAGAUUUCGUUAGUGGGAAGAUUACUGUAAAAAGGUGAACAUGUCAAAAAGGCAAAAAAAAAAGAGCAUUUUGAUAACGAUGACGCUUAGUGGUAGACAAUUUUCAUUCUUUA